GUUUAUCUCUUAAAGCCUGAGGCGAAACAUAUAUUUGAGUAUUUUAUCUGUGACCUCUACAGCCUGCAACUUUUUUUUUGGUAUGCAGAGUAAUUUUUGGUGAUGACUUUUCCUGAGUUCCCUGUUGUGCGUUGUUGAAUGGUUGCCCUAUGCCUUCUGGUCAGCCGGCGGGGAGUUCUGCUGCUCAGUACCCGGACUUCACAUUGUUGUCAGUCCCUGCAGAGGUCUGAAGGUGGUCUAGGACGGUUCCCGGUGUCCUCAUGGGCUGUGCUCUCCUUUAGGUUUCAGAGGAGCGUGUUGGAUCUCUCUUUGCAGUGGAGGUUCGCCAGGCUGCCCAACAAUGCCAAGCUGGAGAUGGUGCCAGUCUCUAACAGAGUGGGAGCUGGAAACACGGUUCGGAUUGCAUUACAGUUAGAUGAUGGCUCCCGUUUACAAGACACAUUUGUCUGUCAACAGACUUUGUGGGAACUUCUCAACCAUUUUCCAAAGAUCAGGGAGUUUAUGGAGCAGCAGGGUGAAUCCUCUCCAGUCUGUAUUUACAUGCGAGAUGAGGUAUCAGGAAAAGAUGCCCUAGAGAAGACAACACUGAAGUCACUUGGCUUGACUGGAGGCAGUGCCAUCAUCAGAGUUGUCAUGAAGAAAUGCAGCUCAUCUGGCCAGGAGGAAGCUGUGGGUGCCACGGUGCAGGGUAAUGAGCUGACAGUGGGGCCAGGCUCUGUGGAAGGAGCAGUGGAUGUGCCCCUACCUCAAGCAAACACAUUCCCAAAGGACUUGGACCACGAGGAUGUGGCCAUGUCUUUAAACAGCUGCACAGACAAGCAAGACUCGAUUAGAGAAUCUCCUGCCAGCCUGGAGGAGCCGUGGCCUUCCUCUGAGCCCGAGUCUACCCCUUUUGUCCCUUUUUCUGGAGAUGGACAGCGUCUGGGGGACUCUUCUGUAGCUGCACCAUCUCUUGGGUUAGAUACGCCAUCUUCAAAGCUGCCAACAACUUUUUCCAGCCCUGGAGGCCCUUCUAAGCCAAAGAAGUCUAAGAACAGCCAAGAACUGCAGAAGGAGCAAGCACAGCUUGUAGAACGAGAGCCACUUGUAUGUCACCUAGACCUACUGGAACCUCUUCCUGCUGGCCCAGAAGAGCUUCCUGAUGAGUUUUUUGAAGUCACGGUGGAUGAUGUACGGAAGCGUUUGGCGCAGCUGCAGAGUGAGAGGAAGCGCCUGGAAGAAGCUCCACUGAUGACAAAAUCUUUGAGGGAGGCUCAGCUGAAGGAGAAGUUGGAGCGUUACCCAAAGGUGGUGUUGAGAAUCCGUUUUCCGGAUCGUCACGUUCUACAGGGCUUCUUCCAUCCCAGUGAAACCGUUGGCGUUUUGAGAGACUUUGUAAGAAGCCACCUUGCAGAUGCAGACUUGCCUUUUUACUUGUUUAUUGCACCUCCCAGAAUCAUCUUGAACGAUGAAAGUUUGACACUCUUUGAGGCGAAACUCUUUCCAACUGCUGUCGUUCACUUUGGAUCUGAGGAGUGCAGGGAUUGUUACCUGAAAUCAGACCUGCUGAGCUCUGCAGUUUCUCCUUCCGCCGCUGAUUUGUUAGUAGCCAGAUGUUUGUCCAAAUCAUUAGUUCCUUCUGCUUCAUCAUCUUUAGAAUCAGUAGUUCCAUCCCUGUCUGAACCAGAAGUGGGAAGUGACAAAAAGCCUGAUGAGCAGCCAGAACCAGCAAGUGCACGUGAAGCUCCACGGGUGUUGAGAAGGGCCCCUGGGAAAGUACCCAAGUGGCUGAAGCUGCCAGGUGGGAAGAGAUGAACCAUUCUGGGCUGCUGGAUCAGUGAGCAGUCAGCUGUGCCUCUUUCCUGAUGAACUUACUCAGAAUGUGUAAGAAAUUGUUGGUGGCCCUGGAGAGAUCUAAUCUGUAUGAACAUUAGUUACAAAUAGAAAAUUGCUAUUUCAGAUGCUAGCUUCAUUUUUUGGAGGAGGGAAAGGCCUGUUUGUGGUCUUCAUGACUACAGAAGCAAGGUUAGAGGUUAAAUUUAAGGUUUCUUGCAUGCAAAUAAUAUGAAUAGAGAAUUAACGGGCAAAUAAUUCCUAUGUACUUUCUGUGAAGGAUUUUGUUUCUAUCCAUAUUUUUAAAUCCGAAUCUUCCUGGCUCUACCUUCAGAGGUAACCUGUGUCAGCUGCCUGAAUUCUAGCAUCACUAGAUUCACUUUCUACUAUAGUUAAGUGCUGCCUAGAACAAGACUUCUCUCUGCUUCUUGCUGGUUGGGGUUAGCGCUGCUGAUAAUUCUGGGCACAGGUGGCUGGAAGGUGGGUGAAGGGGAACCACUUAGGUCACUUAGAAUAGGUUUUUUUCCUGUGAGACCUCUUGAUCUGCUGCACUUGCCUGGUUUUCCAUGGCCAGAAUAUUGUUAACAAACAACACGGGUUACCUGUUAAUGGAAUGCACCUGGAGUUUGUUUCUGCCCCAAGCUCUGUGUUUUAUUUUCACUACCUAUAAUUAACAUCAGUCAUUACAGUCACAGCGAGGAAAAAAAAACAUGCAGUAAAAGGGUCUCUUCGUGUUACCUUCGAUCUCUGGAGCAGUCAGAGCAGGGGGAAGCCCUGGCCCAGGUCUGUGCCUGCUGCGGAUGCCGUGCUGGGGUGGAUAGUGGUUAGGAUUGUGCUCAGGCUGGAGAUGAACUCCGUAGUGCCACAGUAGCCAUGGUGGUGUAUUUUAUUUGAAGUCCUCUCCAUGGAUCAGUGAUUCAUACGGGACAGCUGGGGUUCCCUGUUAGGGUAAUAAGACGUUUUCCAUUUUCCCUGUAUAGACAAUUGUUCCCCGACCUACGUGUGCAUCUGCACAAUUUGUAGAUGUAAUAAAGCAGAGUGGCCAUAGGAGGCCUUUCUGUCGG